UGGCUUUAAACUACCAGACUGAUGGCCGUAUGAUGCAACUGAACAGAGCCAAGUUCAUGGUGAAUGGAGUCAGUGGCUAUGUGCUCAAACCUGGCCCAAUGUGUAAAGGCUCCUUCAACCCACUGAAUGAUGAUCCACUCCCUGCAAAUCCGAAGAAACAGUUGGUGAUAAAAAUCAUUAGUGGACAGCAACUGCCCAAACCUCCUGAUUCAAUGCUGGGAGACCGUGGUGAGAUCAUUGAUCCCUUCGUUGAGGUGGAGAUUAUUGGUCUUCCGGUGGACUGCUGUAAAGAACAAACCAGAGUUGUGGAUGAUAAUGGAUUUAACCCUGUGUGGGAAGAGACUCUGUCUUUCACACUUCACAUGCCCGAGGUGGCUCUAGUACGCUUCCUGGUUUGGGAUCAUGACCCCAUUGGACGAGACUUU